AACCCUCUCAUAAAUAUUAACGCCCCCUCGGGCGCCUGGCUCCAGCCCCCCCAUGACUCCUCCAUUCAUCCUACUCCCCGCAGCCUGCUCUGGCAGCAGCCCCCCGCCCCCUCAAUGGGGGAGGAGGUCUCUGUGCCAGCCCCUGGCGUGCUGCCCCCAGCCUAUCAAACCUCAGCCCCCUCCCGGUGCGUGGGCUGGGCGCGCGGCUUGCCAGGCCAGUCUCUUCCUGCGCUCGGAGAGGCACAUUGGCAGCAGGCACCAGUCCUGCCCCAGCACCGCGGACAGCUCCCCGCCAUGCAGCGAUCCACCAUGGUCCUGCUUUGCCUGGCUCUCCUGGCCCACCAGGAGGCAGAUGUGGAUGCUCGGCUACCCCAGGACUUUCCCCUGAAACACUCGUACCAGCCGCAUGAGAAACAACUGCUGGAGGAGCUGCAGGACGUGCUGGAGAAACUGCAGAGCAAGGGGAUUUCCACCUGGGAGAAGAAACAUAACCAAGUCCCCAAGUGCUCCAUCGGCCAGGCCUGCGCCGUGAAGAAGGGUGCCCGCAUCGGCAGGCUGUGCGACUGCCCCCGCGGAGCCACCUGCAACACCUUCCUCCUCAAAUGCCUGUAGCCGCUGCCUGCGAGGGAGCCCCAGCCGCAGAUCACUUCUCAUGCCGCUUUGUGUUGUGCUGCACGUGCCUCCACUUCCCCCGGGCAGGGUGCCAGGGUGGUUGGCAGUGGCCAUGCUGGUCAGCAGAGCCCAGAGGAAGGGGGUGGUGAUAGACGGUGGCAGGGCCAGCAUCUGUUCCAGGAGUCUGCCGCAGGGCUGGGGUCUCCUGCUGUCUCCAGGGCAGCCCCAGGUGCUGGGCACACCCCCUCCCCAGCAGCAGCACGGCCCUUUAGACAACGGCGAGGAGGCCACAGCCUCCCCUGGCACCAGUCGGCCCUGCUGAGCCCCCACAACUCCCGGCCUUUAAGUCCCCCUAGCACUUGAGAGAGGGACACUUUGGAACAUGGGCCCCUGCCAACAGGCUCCUAAAUCCAGCUGCGUGCAGCCUGAGCUGCCCUCCCCCCGCUGGCUCUAUGCCCAGGGCCCCAGCCCUGCCAAGACCUAGGGCCAUGUUUACCCCUGUCCUGCUGCUCCAGGGGUCACGACUUGCCCUAGUCCCUACAGCACUUUGCAGGGCUCAAGCUCCACGAGGGAUUCGGGUGCCUGAGCCCAGCCUCCCGCUCCUCCGACCACCCUGUUCCCAGAGGCCCUGCUCAGCCGAGACGAAA